AUGAUUACCAAUUCUCAAGCACCGUCGCCAGCCCUUGUUCCGGCCAUCGACUCCGCGGAUCCUCGCCGGAUUGGGGUCCAGACCGCUCAACGUCGCUCCAAGGUGGUCGAGAAGCCUCAUCGACGCAGCGCAGCGCCGCCAGCCCCGUUCCGGCCAUCGAAGCCACUGAUCCCUGCCGGAUUUGUGGGCGAGGCGACUCAGCGCCACCCACGUGGUCAAGCAUCGCCACCGACGCAGCGCCGCCACCGACGCAUAGCCAUCACCUACGCAGCGCAGUUUUGUCAGCCCUCGUUUCGGCCAACGACGCCGCUGAUCCCCACCGGAUCCUUCGGCCAAGCCGCCCAGCGUCGCCGCCAACGUGGUCGCUGGCCAUCAACGCCGUUCAACAUCGCCACUAAGCCUCGUUUCGGCCACUCUACGUCGCCGCCAACGUGGUCGUUGGACACCGACGCCAAGGAUAAAGGAACUGGGCAUCAAAGACCACCCGGAAAACCCACGCCGGACGACAACCUGGAGGAAUUAGUCGUAGCAAUCGGAUGUGAGGAAAAGCCGGCCACCAUGGGCGUUCGCUGGAUCUCAUAUCGCCGAAAAGAGGAACUGGAGGGACUCCUCAAGGAGUUCGGAUUAGAAACGGCAGGAACGGUAGCCGAGCUGCGAACACGACUAGCCGACUUUAUCGGGAAGACAGAGCAUGGCCAGGCUACGCUGUCUCGACUCGCCCAGCUAGAAGCCCUCUAUCCCGAGGCACCAUCCGCGAAGGAAGUGCAAUCACGGUCCACGUCCCCAAUGCCGGAAGCAGGGGGCAUGAAGCUGAUCGUACCCGGGCGGUCAUCCUCACCAGGACGCAUGACCACCAGCGCGGAAGCCCAGAACGCAACCACGGCCUCCACUGACCGAGCACCGCGCGAUGCCAUAUCCGCAGCAGUACUGACCGAGAAGCUACGGAGCUGGGGAAUCCUCUUCGACGGACAAACGGACCCGGUCCAUUUCGUGGAACGAGUCGAGGAAGGAGCAGCCGCCUACAACGUCCGGAUCAGCGACGUACCCAGAGCCAUCUCCGGAUUACUAUCUGGAAGAGCGGAAGGCUGGUACCGAGCCUAUCGCAUGCACUCCGCGCCAUGGCUUCUAUUUAAGACCGAGUUUUUGGAGUUCUUCCUGCCUCCGAGGUACUUUCAAAGGUUGGAGGACACGAUCCGCACCCGGUAUCAACAGCCGCAGGAGCCAUUCAAGAACUUUCUUGUGGACCUGAGACUCAUGAUGCAACGCGCGAAGUACACUCUGGCAGACGAGCUCGAAAGGAUAUAUGAGAACUUGUUGCCAGAAUAUCAGCUCUUUAUCCGUCGCCACGAGUUCUCCACACUCGAAACGCUGACACAGCUCGCCACCGCAUACGAGAUCGCACGGGAUCGGGACUCGAUCCGGCACGCCGCCCUCGCCCACUUCGCCACCAUGGGGUCGGACCAGGCACAUAGGUCACCAUCAUACCAUAGGACUACGACUGCAAGAGAACCCAACGCCGUCCCCCUGCCCAUCGGGGUUACGAAUCACAUGAUCUCCGACGAGGACAGCCGGCCGGUGGACAUUCAGCGUGCCUGCCGCCGCUGCGCAGAGAGGCGUGCGGACAGUAAACUGUUGUCGGCAGUCGGGAAACGGACAGCACCCCCGCUCGAAUUGGGAGCGACCGGGGACAGCCAGCACACUUCCCAACCCGUAAAGCCACCACUUCGACUGAAGGACGGGCGGAUAGUAGCGACGAUUAGCAUCAACGGACGACCAUUCCUGGCCACGCUGGACACUGGAGCGUCGCGCAGCUUCGUAAGCGAGCGAGUGGCCCAAACUCUGGCCACCACCACUAACAGGAAGGCAGUGCGAACACGGAUCUCCUUGGCUGACGGCUCCUCUCAAGAAGUCACCAAAGCCGUGUGGGCACGCGUCAAACUGGACCAGCAAGAGGCCGAGCUACCCCUCCUGGUGUUACCCACGAUCCUGGACGACGUUAUCCUAGGGAUCGAUUUCUUGUGCGCCAUCCAGGCGUCCCUGAUCUGUGGUCGCAUUUGCUUGCGACUCCUUCCGGCGCCCCCUCGAGAUGCAACGACGGCAACCGAGCCCGAGACACUGCCUGCAGACCCGACAGCCACGAACCCACCCCGAGCGGGUGUCGUAAUCGGUGGACACCCACGGGAUCCACUCCAGCAGUCAAGUGACGCCACAGCGUCAGCGGGCUCUCGAGCCAUGUCAUCAUCGUCAAGAACCACCACGGAUGCAUCCUCAUCGUCAUCGUCAUCGUCGCCAAGGGCCGCCACGGCCACAUCGUCACCGCUGCCGUGUCCAAGGGCCACCACGGCCACCUCAUCGUCAUCGUCAUCGUCAUCAUCGCCAAGGGCCACCAUGGCCACAUCGUCAUCAUCGCCGUCUCCAAGGGCCACCACGGCCACAUCAUCGUCGUCACCGUCCCCGAACUCUCGAGCGGUACCUGCCCCACCCUCCCGGCCUCCAGGACGACCGGGUCCAACUAUGUCAUCCGAUCUCCCGCCGCAUGCGGUUACCGGAGGGGCCAGCAAGUACGGGUUGACUCCACUAGCGGAUGCAGGAGUGGCCCGUGAGAGGAACCCGUUCCGAAACCAGACCAGUCACGAUAAGCUUACGGCAAAUCUCGCCGCCAUCGCCGAAUGUCUGGAAGAACAGCAGCCACAGACACUCACCGGCGAGCCUAUGGAACCCCGAACCCUAGCGUUCCUCGAGGAAGAGCUGAAGCAAUUCGACGGAUUGGCCGGGGUGACCCACAUCGCGGAGCACCAAAUAGUCAUGCGGGACGAAAAGCCACUGAAGCAGCGGUAUUUCCCAAAGAACCCGGCCAUGCAGCAGAUCAUCAGUGAUCAAGUCGAUGAACUACUCCGGGAUGGGAGGAUAGAACCAUCACGGAGCCCGCAUAGUGCUCCCAUUGUCCUGGUGAGGAAGAAGACUGGGGAAAUGCGAAUGUGUGUCGAUUUCCGGCAGUUAAACGCACACAGCGUGCCGGAUGCGUACCCACUUCCGCGCAUCCACCACAUCCUGGAGCGCCUGCGGAACGCGCGCUAUAUCUCGACGCUGGACCUGAAAAACGGCUACUGGCAGAUCCCAGUGGCGCAGGAAAGUCGCGCUUGUACCGCAUUCACCGUGCCGGGACGAGGAUUGUUCCAGUGGCGAGUAAUGCCGUUUGGAUUACAUUCGGCUCCAGCGACGUUUCAAAGGGCCCUGGAUAGCGUCAUCGGGCCGGACCUAGAGCCUCACGCUUUUGCCUACCUAGACGAUAUCAUCGUCACAGGAGCUACGCGGGAGGAACAUAUGCAAAACCUCAAGGAGGUCUUCAAGCGGCUUCGGAAUGCCAACCUACGGCUGAACCGGGCCAAGUGCAAGUUCUUCUGCCGAAGCCUAGUAUACUUGGGGCACGUGAUCAGUGAGGCUGGUAUCCAGACCGAUCCGGACAAGAUCGCGGCCAUAAAGGGGCUACAACCCCCCACAAAUUGCAAGGAGCUGCGGCGAUGUCUGGGAGUCGCUUCAUGGUAUAGGCGAUUCGUACCCAACUUCGCCGCCAUAGUGCAGCCGAUGUCCACGUUGCUACGGAAAGGGAAACGAUGGCUCUGGGAGGAACCACAGCAACUCGCGUUCGAAGAUCUGAAGAACAAACUCACCGAAGCACCGGUGUUGGCAUGCCCGGAUUUCACCCGGAAGUUCCAGUUGCAAACCGACGCCAGCGACUACGGGCUCGGAGCAGUCCUGACGCAGCAAGCCGAAGAAGGCGAACGAGUGGUGGCGUACGCUAGCCGGCGACUGGUGAAAUCCGAGGAAAACUACUCGGCCACCGAGAAAGAAUGCCUCGCCAUCGUCUGGGCCAUUCGGAAACUCCGGUGCUACCUGGAAGGGUAUCGGUUCGAUGUUAUCACGGACCAUUUAGCCCUGAAAUGGCUGAAUACCAUUGAAAACCCGACCGGGCGUAUCGCUCGCUGGGCGCUGGAACUCCAGCAGUUCCAAUUCGACGUGCACUACAGGAAGGGUAACCAGAACGUGGUCGCUGAUGCACUGUCACGCCAACCACUGGACACGCUCCACCAGCUACAGGAAGCAUUAUCACCAUGCAAGUGGAUCCGAGCCAAACUGGAACAAAUCGACGCCCAACCGGAAAAGUUUCCGGACUACGCCAGAGAGAACGGACAGCUGUACCGCCACCUCGGCGAUCCAGCACCCGACGAAGGCAUCAGCCCAUGGAAGCUGUGCGUUCCCACGGAGCACCGACGACACGUGCUGGAAGAGUGCCACGACCACCCCUCGGCAGGGCAUCUAGGGAUCCGCAAGACGAUCCGACGAGUUGGACAGCGCUAUUUCUGGCCCGGAAUGCAUCGAGACGUUCGACGACACGUAAGGUGCUGCGAGACCUGCCAGCGGUUCAAGGUGAGUCAGCUCAAGCCCGCGGGGAAGAUGCUCACCCGUCGCCCAGAGGAACCCUUCACAAUGGUCAGCGCAGACUUCAUCGGACCCCUACCCCGGUCUCGUCGCGGGAAUACAAUGCUGCUGGUCUUCCUGGACGUCUUCUCGAAAUGGGUCGAGAUCAUACCGCUGCGGAAGGCGACGACGGCCCAGCUGGAACUGGCGUUCCGAGAGCGCAUCCUCUCCCGAUUCGGAACCCCACGCACACUGAUAUGCGACAACGGCGCGCAAUUCACGAGUCGAGGGUUCAAGGCACUCUGCAAACGGGCCGGCGUCCAGAUUCAGUACACGGCUCCGUACUCGCCGCAACAGAACCCGACCGAGCGUGCGAACCGGACGAUCAAAACGAUGAUCGCCCAAUACACCGCGGACGACCAGCGAUCCUGGGACCAACUACUGCCAGAGAUCUCGCUCGCAGUGAAUUCCAGCAUCUCGGACAGCACGGGAUUCAGCCCCGCCUAUUUAGUCCAGGGCCGCGAGCCACGCCUGCCGGGGGCCUGGUACGACAAGGUGACGCCGAGCUCAAGUACCACCCCACAGCCACCCGAAGACCGGGCUAAAGGAUUACAGGAGGCAUAUGCCAUCGCACGAGAGAACAACGAGCGGGCAUCCCAGGAACAGCAACGGUACUACAAUUUACGGCGGCGCGCUUGGCGACCGUUGGUGGGAUCAUGGGUGCUGGUCCGUACCCAUCACCUGUCCAAGGCCAGCGAGGGAUUCAACGCCAAGUUGGCCCCGAAGUACACCGGACCAUACAAAGUGGUGAAGUUCCUGUCACAGAACGUAGUGCGCCUACUACUGCGGGGCUCUAGGAAACGGCGGACUGCCAGUCUCCCAGAUCUCAAAGAGUACAGGACCGGAGAAGCCGACGACGAAGAAGAUACAACGGACAACGAGAUAGAGCCUUACACAGAAGCGUUCGCCUCCGAACCCCCGAACGUGGAUCCAGAAGACUCCCAAGCUCUGGGCGACCAGCAGGAGACACUCGACCAGGAGAACAACCAGGAUGUCCAAGUCACUGAGCAGCGUACCCAGCCCAAGAAAGCCACCCAUCGACGAGUACACUUCGAAUAAACCAACAUCGAGCGGGGUCACGUGAGUCAAGAGGGGCACCCGCGCUGCCAUAGUUAGGUUAAGCCGCCAAGUAGGAUUCACACACAAAACCUAAGCUAAUACGUUACAUUUACUAGCACGCCUUCGCCAUGUCCGAAAACGAGGAGUAUGAAUACCGCCCAUGGAGCGACUCCACCCG